AUCGGCGGCAUACACCUCGCCCAACCCAAAGGGAUACCAAAAGACAUUCUGGAAUUCAUCGAAGGAUCUCCUCACGGAGUGAUUUACUUUACGUUCGGAUCAGUAUUGUUGAUGUCGUCGCUACCGGAAAACGUACAGAACGCGUUUAAAGAAGUAUUCGCUCAACUUCCCCAGAGAGUUUUGUGGAAAUACGAGGGUGAGAUGAAAGACAAACCGGAGAACGUGAUGACCAUGAAUUGGUUUCCGCAACGUGACGUGUUAUUGCAUCCUAAGGUGAAAUUGUUCAUCAGUCACGGUGGUAUAUCAGGAGUGUACGAAGCUGUGGACGCUGGCGUACCAGUACUAGGAUUUCCGUUUUUUUACGAUCAACCGAGGAACCUGGAAAACUUGGUGGACGCAGGCAUGGCGAUUUCCAUGGACCUGUUGACCGUGAAUAAAGAAACGCUCUUAAACGCNGUUGUACAGCUCGUCAACGAAGAGAAGUAUAGGAACAACGCCAAAUUAGUUUCCGAACGAUUCAAAGACCGACCUAUGUCACCAGCGGAAUCGGUCGUAUAUUGGACCGAGUAUGUUGUACGCCACAAAGGGGCACCGCAUUUAAAAUCUCGUGCUAUCGAUUUGAUGUGGUACGAGUAUUUUUUGGUUGACGUGAUUGUUGCAUUGUUUUUCGCGAUAUUCGUUAUUUUGUUUGUUGUAUAUUUUAGCCUGAAAAUGAUUUACUUGUGUGCUCUUAAAUGUUUUCAAAACGUGAAAAAAAAAUGUGAUUGAGAAUUAUUACAAUAUUUAUAAUGUAUUUCGAUAAGUCUUCAUUGUAAUUUUUAACCGUAUGAAGCUUUUAGAGUCAAUAUUAUGUCUAAUACGAACUGAGUAAUUUCUACUAAUGGUAGUUAAUUGGUAGUUCCAUUAAUAGGUUAUCAUGACUUCAAAAAUUUUUAUAAUUUAUUAUUAGUUCCAAAAUAACAAUUUAUUAAAUGUUGUU